CCCAUCCCAUCCCGUCCCGCCCGCUCCUGCCAUACCAUCUGGAGGAGGCUCAGAGUCCGGCCAGGCGAGCCCCAGUAUGGCACAACCUCUGGGGCUCUGCCUGCUGGUCCUACUGGGGUUGGGAGCGGGGGUCUCGCCUGCCUGCUGGGACCCCCAGGGCCAGCCCCGUCGCUGCAUGCCCGUCUUCGAGAACGCUGCCUUCGGCCGGGCCGUCGAGGUCACCAACACGUGUGGUUCUCCCCCCGAGGAGUACUGCCUGCAGAUGGGUGCCCGCCACGCCAGCACCCUGUGCCACCGCUGCGACGCCUCCGACCCCCGGCACCACCACAACACCUCCUUCCUCACCGAUUUCCACAGCCAGGAGGAGAGCACUUGGUGGCAGAGUCAGUCCAUGGCCUUUGGCAUCCAGUACCCCAACUCCGUCAACAUCACCCUCCACCUGGGAAAAGCCUAUGAGAUCACCUAUGUGCGGCUGAAGUUUCACACCAGUCGCCCUGAGAGCUUCGCCAUCUACAAGCGCAGCCACGCCGAUGGGCCCUGGGUGCCCUUCCAGUUCUACAGCGCAUCCUGCGAGAAAACCUACGGGAAACGGCAGCGGCACUACCUGCGGCCAGGGGAGGAUGAGCAAGUGGCCUUCUGCACCGAUGAAUUCAGUGACAUCUCCCCGCUGAGCGGGGGCAACGUGGCCUUCUCCACCCUUGAGGGGCGGCCCAGCGCCUACAAUUUCGAUGGGAGCCCCGCGUUGCAGGAGUGGGUGACUGUAACUGACCUACUCAUCUCCUUGAACCGGCUCAACACGUUUGGGGAUGACAUCUUCAAGGACCCCAAGGUGCUGCAGUCGUACUACUAUGCCAUCUCUGACUUCUCUGUUGGUGGCAGGUGCAAAUGCAACGGCCACGCCAGCGAGUGUGCCCCGGAUGAGACUGGGCAGCUGGUCUGCGUGUGCCAGCACAACACGGCUGGCACGGACUGCGAGCGCUGCCAGCCCUUCUACCAGGAUCGACCCUGGGCUCGUGGCACCGCCGAGGCUGCCAACGAGUGUCUUCCUUGCAACUGCAGCGGCCGCUCCGAGGAGUGUUUCUAUGACCGGGAGCUGUACCGCCGCAGCGGGCACGGGGGCCACUGCCUUAACUGCCGUGACAACACGGACGGACCCCACUGCGAACGCUGCCGGCAGAACCACUACCGCUGGGAGCAGCAGGCGUCCUGCCAGCCCUGCCACUGCCACCCCGCAGGCUCCCUGCAGCCCCAGUGUGACAGCUCAGGGACCUGCACCUGCAAAGCCAACGUGACGGGCUGGAAGUGCGAGCGCUGCAAGGAUGGCUAUCACAGCCUCAGCGAAGGCGGCUGCAGACCCUGCACCUGCGAUCCCGCAGGCAGUGUGGGCACCUGCGACCCCAACACGGGGCAUUGCACCUGCAAGGAGAGGGUGGAGGGGCACUUGUGCAACAGGUGCCAGCCGGGCUGGUUUAACCUGCAGACUCAGAACCCUGCUGGCUGCACCAGCUGCUUCUGCUACGGCCACUCCACCGCCUGCAUGGCAGCAGAUGGCUACGAGGUGACCCACAUCCGCUCGGACUUCAGCCAAGGGCUGGAAGGUUGGGCUGCCACAGCUCCAAGUACCAAGGACCUGCCUCUGCGUUGGGCUGCUGGGGAGAUUGUCACCGAGUGGGAUGGAGAGGAGCCAGUGGAUUUUCUUGCACCAGAGAAGUUUCUGCAGAACCAGCGUCUCAGUUACGGGCAGUUCCUGUCCCUGCUGCUGGGAGUGAAGGUGAACGGUACAUGGACAGAGAUCGACGUUCCUCUUCUCCGGGUCCAGCUGGUGCUGGAGGGUGAAGGGAUGGAGAUCACCCUGUCCAGCAGUGAGAGCCAGCCGCAGCAAGGAAAGCAGGCUGUCACCUUCAGGGUGCACGAGGCAGAGGAGGGUGUGGAGCCUUUGCUGUCAGCCUUCAGCUUCCAGCGCUUGCUCUCCAACUUGACCGCGCUCCGCCUUCGUGUGAGCCACAGCCCUGUGCGAGGCAGGUUGUCCUUGAGCGAGGUCCAGCUCACGUCAGCUCGCUCCGGGCCAGGGACACGAGCAAGCUGGGUGGAGGAGUGCACGUGUCCCCCAGGAUACGCUGGGCAGUUCUGCCAGUCCUGUGCACCGGGCUUCAAGCGGGAGAUCCCCUUUGGUGGCCCCUUCGUCAGCUGCGUGCCCUGUGCCUGCAACCAGCAUGGGGACUGCCACCCCCUCUCAGGGCACUGCCAGUGCUUGCACGAUACAGAAGGUCCUUCCUGUGAGCGCUGCAGCCCUGGGUUUUACGGCAACCCCUUCGUAGGGCGCUUCGAUGACUGCAAACCAUGCCCCUGCCCUGGCCGCUCGCCCUGCACCGAGAUGCCUGGCAGCGGGGAGGUGGUCUGCACCCAUUGCCCUCCGGGGCAGCGAGGAAAACGCUGCGAGCUCUGCGACGAUGGUUUUUUUGGGGACCCCCUGGGCCAGAGGGGCCCUGUGCGUCCCUGCAUCCCCUGCCAGUGUCACGGGAAUGUGGAUCUCAACGCUGUGGGGAACUGUGACCCUGUGUCCGGACGGUGCCUGCGCUGCCUAUACAACACAACAGGCGAGCACUGCGAGAGGUGUCGACCGGGCUUCUACGGGGAUGCACUGGCUCCCAACCCUGCUGGGAAAUGUGCCGCUUGUGAUUGCAACCCUGACGGCUCAGCCCCGGGGCUGGAGGGCUGCGAUCCCACCACAGGCCAGUGCCGCUGCCUCCCACACGUGAUGGGCAGAGCCUGCGAGCUCUGCCAGCCGGGCUACUACGGUCUGCAGCCCGCUGUGGGGUGCAAGAGCUGCGAGUGCCACCCGACGGGGUCGCGGGACAGCGAGUGCCAUGUGCUGACGGGGCAGUGCUCCUGCCAGCCGGGUGUCACAGGGGAGCAAUGUGACCGAUGCCACCACGGCUUCUUUGGCUUGUCUGCCAGGGGCUGCCGAGCCUGCAACUGCUCCCCACUGGGCUCCGUCACCCCACAGUGCCACGAGAACAGCACCUGCCUCUGUCACCCCGGCUUUGUGGGCUACAAGUGUGACCGGUGCCAGGCCAACUUCUUCCUCGACCCCCCGAGCUCCCGCUGCCAGCAGUGUCCUGUCUGCUAUGGGCUGGUGAAGGACCAGGCUGACCAGCUGAAGGCCAGGCUGCAGGAGAUGGAGGAAUGGCUGCAAAAACCAGGCUGUGACGCCCACCCAGGGCAGUCGCCCAUGCUGGGAGAUGUGCCCCGGGGAGAUGGGCUGCUCAGCCCUCACCUUCUGCAAGGUGCCCGGGAAGCCCUCUCAGCGCAGGUGGAUCUGCUGGCAGGGGCGCUGGGCAUUGCGUGGGGACGUCUUGGCAAUGCCAGCCAGGCCACCGGCUGCUCUGGCCAUGGACCCCCCAAGACCUGUGUCCUACUGUCAGAGAUUAGGGCAGCCCUGCAGUCAGCACAGAGGGAGAUCCUGCAUGCAGCGGACACCCUGGCUACCAUGAUUCCCCAGGAAAUCCCUCAGCAGCCCACGAACUGGAGCCGUUGGGCGCUGAAGUCACGGGCGCUGGCUGAGAGCCACAGGGACGUUGCGGCACAGGUGGAGGCGGUGGUUGGGAGAGCGCUGCAUGCUUCCAAUGCCAGCGCUGAGCUCCUGCGGAGUCUGCUGGAGGGGAAUGCGACGUGGGAGGCACAGAACGAGCUGGAGGCCGGGUAUGAGGAAAUCCAGCAGGCGCAGGAGGAGCUGCGCUCUGGUGUGGCAGAGGUGGCCGCGGAGGCCACGAGGGUUUUCACAGCAGUGCAGCGGGCAAACACCGACAUGGCUGAGAAACUUCUGCAGGUGGCUGUGCUGGGGCAGGCGCUGCCGGUGCGGGUUGGAGCCCUGGCACAGGACCUGGCGGCGCUGGAGCAGGCAGUGGAGGCGCAGGAACCAUCGGCUCAACAAGCCAUCGAGGCAUCCCACGCUCUGGCAGCUGGAUUGCGCCAGGAGCUGCAGAAGACUCACGGCUUCAAGCAGCUACGGGACCAGGCUGGCUCAGCCCACAGCACGGCCACCUCAGCCAUCUCGCGUGGAGAAGCCGUGCUCUCCGACGCAGAGUCCCUUCUGGCCAGCUUGGAAGGCAUGAAGAAGGUGCUGGGUCAUCGGAAGGGCCAGGCUGCCCUGAGGAGGAGGAUGACACUUGUACGGGACAGGGUGAUAGUGGAAGCCCAGAGGAAGAUUAAACAGGCAGAGAAGAUGCUGGGAAACUCUUUGUCCCCCUCCACCACAGCCCAGAAGAUGGCCAGGGAGGCCGAGCAAGUCUCCGGAGAGAGUGCCAAGAGGGCACAGGCGGUGCUGCAGAAGAGCAAGCAGGCCCACAAGCAAGCCAGCCAGCUCGCCACGCAUGCCAACCAGACCCAGCGGGAGCUCGCCCAGCAGGAGCGUGUGGCUGAGAAGCUCAGGAAAGACCUAGAGGAAGCCCACCAGGUGGGGACAGAGGUGAGCGAGAUGGCGAAAAGUCUCCAGGAAGCCCAAGGUUUGCUCAUCUCGGACAUCGAGACCCUGAACAACCUGCUGAGCAGCCUAGGCAACCUGGAUCAGGCUGCACAGGUGGAUACGGUGCUGAGCGCUGGGCGGCUGCAGCUGGAGCGGCUGUGGCUGCGCCUGGGUGCACCGGGCGCCCUGGCCGGGCAGCUCAGCCUGCUGCAGCAGGAGGCGGCACGACAGCAGGAGAAGAUCCAGGCAUUCGAGAGUGACUUGGCUGAGAUCCAGGCUGACAAGCAGAACCUGGAGGACAUUUUGCGAAGCCUUCCUGAGGGCUGCUCCAAGUGACAGUGACAAGUCCCUGGCCGCUGCGCCAGCACCUCCGGGUCCCCCUGCGAAGGGAACAGCAGAGCAAAGGACACCCUGCAUUAACCAGCAUUGAUCCCUCUCGCUGCUCCUCACACUGCCACCAUGCAAUAUCGCACUCCAGGUCUUUAUCUGCACCAGUUCAGGCUCGGUAUCCCAUGUGCUCUGCAGCUUGACUUCAGCCACCAGCUCUGUCCUCAGGCCUGAAGGACAACCAGCUACCAGGGACCACCAACAUUUCUGUGCAGGAGAUGGAGCCAUCACAGAGUUGGUUUGUCACCAUGGAAUGAAUGAGGAACCAUCAUCACUGAGGAGGGACAGCUUAUCAAGUACCAAAGCUGUAACACCCCGCAGCCCCAGGAGCUGAGAGAGGCUGUUGCGUACAUUUUGGAAGCUGGUCCUGCUGCACAGCACCCCGCAGAGUGAUGCUCACGUGCUGUGGUCACACAGAGGUGAAUUGUGGUGAAGCCAGGUAAAGAGCUGCACGUUGGAGGACACACCAGGGAAAGGGAGCUCACAGCAGGGAGGACUAAAUUGGGGCCGAGCAGAAGCAAAGCUUCUGGCAGGCAGGUGAGGCAUCCUCUGCCUGAUGGAGGGUAAAAGCAGCUCUGCUCCUGCUCUUUCCCUGCUCCAGGGUAGUGCAAGGUUGCUACUGACUGCAGCUCUACUCUUUGUGUCCUGUCCCAGCUCCACUUGGCUCACUGGAUGCCACCAGGUCUGGCUAUACACCAGCCCAAUUGCCGGUGAUCCCAGGGGCUGGAUGGCACAACAAUGCACCGGGCAGGGAGGUGGAAGAGCUGACACUUGCAGUUGCAUCACCCCACCACCCCGCAUCAGCACAUACAUCCCUUCUGCACUGAGGAGGCCUCAAGCUGGCCGCUGGCACCAGGCUGCGCAGCAGCGUGGGCUGGACGGGGAGCAGCUGGACGGGGCCAGCUCCUGCCAGUGUCACUCCCACUGGGCCAAGGAGGUCAGCGGCUGUAUCGCCUUUAAAGGAAAGGCAUGUGCCUUCUCCCCAGGCUCCCAUGAGGGAUGCUUGUGGGGCCAUACAGGCAGCACAGCCAGGUCUUGGUCAGCCCACCCUGUGCUAUGACUCCAGGCAGUGGUGCAAUCACUCCAGUAAGACCAGAAACGAGUCCCCAGGCUGGAGCCCAGGUCACUUUCUAACCAGUUUUACCUGUGUUCUUCUGCUCAUAAUGCUGGAAAUCUGGUUUACUAAAGCCUUGUAAUGCUGUAUGUAAAACUGCUGCCAUAGACAUUGGAUCCCCCCUGCAUUGUCUCCAGUGGUCUGGAAGUGACACAGGAUUUUCCUACCAUGACCAAACCUCUUUCCCUCCUAAUUCUGCACAAAAGCUGCCCAAGGAGCAGGGAGCUGCAGCUGCGGUGCUGCAGGAGCGUCGUGGCAGGGGCUCCCCUCUCGCUGCCCAAGGCCACCUCUGCAAAAGCAAAACCGUGCAGCAGCGAGAGCACAGUGUGGUGCGGCUCAGCCGAAAGGUGGGGAACCGCAGCCACUUACUGCCUCCCUGGGAAGUCAAUUACGUGUCUCCAACCAACACACAAAUUUGCUGCUGUUAAAGAAAUGUCAAGCCUCUGCCUUGCGCCUGCUGCUGAAGCAUUGGUUCAUCCUCCCUCCUGCUCUCCCUCCAACUCCGUUGUUUUUUUUUUUUUUUAGCUGGUGACACCUGCC